GUGUGAAUAUUAUCUUUCUGUCCAUUGUUCUGCCUUCUGUUUUUAAAUGUUGUGCUGUCACCGGAAGUCGCUAUAACUACUUCCUUGGCAACUUAAGAGUCCUUGACGACCACUGGAGGGAGCGAGAGGAAUAAUGGCGGAUGAAUUCGGUGCCCAAAAAUCACUUUGGCAACAAGUGUGUGAAGAGUUUGAAGCGGAGCGGCCCACUUCUCCCAGUGCUGAUGAGAUGAUGAGUGACAGCAGCUCAGUCAGCUGCCAGUUUUCCCAGUACAGCGUCAACACACACUUCCCAGUCUUCCACGGACUCACCACAGACGAGGUUUUUGUGGAUGACGACCCCCUGAAAGACUUUGACCCACUUCUUUCCCACUCUGCUCUUGCUGACGACACGGUGUCAGGGACACAGAAUUGUCCAUCAUCGCCUCCACAAGUCCAACGUCCUGUCACAUGUUUUAUGGAGAAGAAGGUGUUUCCUGUGUUGUUGCCUGGACUGGAGGCUCUGCUGAGAGAAGCGCAGAAACACAGCUGUUUCCAGAGGAAAAUAACAGCGUUUAACCCAUGUGACUUCCUCGCUGAAUGGCUAUACAAUCAUAAUCCUCGCAGACGUGGACACUCCCCAGUGAACUUCUGUGACAUCCCCUUUGUCCAGGACUGGCUCAGCAUGCAUCCCCGGCGCCCCAUUCCUCUGUUUCUACGCCUCAGUGAAGAUGCGGCUGCUCUGCUCAUUCAGGCUUUCUGGAGGGGACACAAGAUCAGAGCACGCCCAGAUGUGCAGGAGCUGCGCCAGUGGCAGAAAAGACUGAGAGAGAACCGCGAUAUUGUCAGAACUGUUGAGGAGUUUUGGGCCCAACAAGAAAGCCGAGUGGGCUCAGCUAUGCUACAUCUCCCAGGAAGCCCCCAGCCUGGUAACUCUGAUGUGUCCGUCCAAGUGGUUUCUCCAACCCCCCAGAGCACCGUGGUCCACACCCCCACCACCACCCAGACAAUGCCUGAGGCUGGUGCGUGGCUGACCCCCGGCCUGUGUGUUGUGGAGGAACCGCCACUGAAUAAUCUCCUGAGUGCAGUGUCUCCAUCAUUACAUGGACUUCACAACCUGAGCUAAAAAAUGUGUUCUGAGUACAAUGCUUUUCUGGCACGUACAGGCUAUUAAACCCUAUUAGGUUGAUGUCAAAUUGACCAAAGCGAUCAGUCAAACAAUCCAUUAAAAUCGUCUGUAAGCAGUUGGAUAUGUAAGCAGGGAUUUAUGGGCGAGAGAACCAUUUCUAAUUAGUUGAUUGCUUUCAUUGCCUUUUUGAUGUAAUAGUGUCAAACCUCUUUAUUUCCUCUCAGUGCCUCGGGGUGAAAGCUCACUGGGAGACAACCAGUCACAUUUCCUUGACUUGUCAUGUCCCCUUUGUACAUAUCGCUCCACAAAACCAUUCAAGUCAGGAACUGAGGCCAGAGUGAAAGGUGACAGGGCGUGCACUGACGCUAGGAAAGGAAAUCACAUUGUCAUGGAAACAGAUAGUGUUUACCACUGUGUGAUUGUCAUAUUUAGUCACAUAUCAUCUCACUAUAAGUGAUAAUAACUCUGUUAUAUAUCGCACAAUGCAUCACAUUAUGUGCUAUUUAAUCAUACGAAUGUAAUGGACAAGAUGAAAAACAUUAUUACACAUGUUUACUGAACUUGUUUACUCCUUACUAAUGAACAAACAUUUACUCAACAUUAGCUGAGAUAUUUCUGAGAUAUACAAUACAUUCAACUACAACUAUAAGAGUCUAUGGCGUUUAUUAGGAGUAUGACUGAAAGCAGAACGAGGCGACCACAGAAAGUCCCAGAAGUGAAAUCUACUGGUUGUUCAUCACAUUGACGGGAGAAAUAAAUGCUACUUGUCUCUAGCCACCAAACGCGUCCUCAGUCAGAGCCGACGUUAUGUGCACAGCAUUCAAAUGAUGUGUCGUCGUUUCUGUUCACCAAGACCAAACAGAAGCAGAGUAACAACAUCAACAGCCAAUGUCAACAAAAGUUACGCACUGCAGCUGACAGUGUUUUGAGUAAACUGAGUCAAAUUAAAUGCACUGCUGGCACUUUCCCUUCUUGAACUUAGUGUACCCGGGGAGGAAACUCCUUGUUUCCUCCCCACUGACUGUGGUGCAGUGAGGUAAAGGGGUUUUGUGACAAAUGUCUUUCCUGACCCUCUCAGUCAAUGAUGCACAUCAGCUCUCAGUGAGGCGUGGGACUGGGGAGGGUCAUGUGUCUUCCUUUGCAGGUUUGUAGAUUUCUGCGGGACAGCUGCCACGGGGUAAGGUUGAUAAAGCAGCACAUUUUCCCUCUGCAGACAUCUGAUAGCACCGCCAGCUCCACAGAGUCUGGCAGCAUUGGGCCAGACUCUGAAACUGGAUCACACCGCAGUGGGUGCUAGUCUGUCAUAGCAAAGGCAGAUAACACCUGGUUCUGAGUAGCAGGCUGAAGACGGAAGUGUUGAAUACAACUGUGUUUACACACAGACAUCCUGACUUAAAAUGAUUCCAGGUCUGUGUGGACCGAGAAUUAUUAUUAUUGUUGUUAUUAUUAGUAGUAGUAGUAUUAAUAAAAGGCAAAGGACAACUAUUACGUAGUUCCCGUCUGAUCGCUGUAGCAGAGGCAGUAGAAUAACAUAGUGACAGCAAGGCUGAUAGGGAUUUUAAAUAACAUGGAUGUUGGCAUUUAUUUUAUUAUGUUUUUUACAUAUGUUUUUAGUCGCUGCCACACUGUGUAAUUAGUUUCAACACCAUAAUGACAGGUUUGAACACAAAAAAGUUAAAUUUUUUAGCUAUAAAUCAAACCACUAAAAUAUACAGUAUGUAGUAAGACAAGAAAAUGAGCCUGAGCUUGGUCAAAAAUAGCCCGGUACAGUUGUCAUUAAUUGUUGUACGACAUAUACAAUUGGUUAAACGCAAAUUGAUGGCAAAAUGCUUUUUUUUUUUUUUGCUUUGUACCAAAUAUCUGAUUUUCUAAGCGUAUGGAAAACAUAAAGGCCAUAACAAAAUCUGCCUAAAGUGUCAGCUUUAAAGACUAGUAACUUCCUGUCACCUCUAGUUGUCUGCUAUGAUUUUGUAGUCACAUUAAAGGUCCAGUGUGCAAAAUUA